CCAAGGUAGGAGCAAGAGACAGGCCACAGGUUUCGGCUAAGCAUCCAAGCUUCAGUUGGUGAGAGAAGACAAGAGCCAGUAUGGGAAAUCUUCAGCUUAUUCGGGCACUGCUAAUUGUCGUUGGGCUAGCGACGACUAUGGCUAUGGAACCGACGAAAUACCUGACGAAGUACGGUUACCUUGACGACGGCAUGAUGAGUAAAGCUAGCGACAUGACCCCCACCGAAAUGGACGACAUGGUCAGGGAUGCCGUCAUGCUGUUCCAGGAAAUGGCGCACCUCCCCAUGACAGGGAGACUGGACGAGAUGACCAUGCAGCAGAUGUCCAUGCCGCGGUGUGGCGUGGCUGACCUGGGCGAGUUCAGACUGACCGGCCGGAAGUGGGACAAGACCCACCUGACCUACCGCCUGAUUAACACCAGUCCGCAGCUGGACAGGGCAGAGGUGGAGGACGCCAUCUACCGGGCAUUCAGGAUAUGGGAACAAGUGACGCCUCUCCGGUUCAGUAGAACAUCCGGGACCUCCGAUAUCGAGAUCUCGUUUGUCCAGUUCAGUCACGGGGACGGCAACCCUUUCGACGGGCGGGGAGGGACUCUUGCGCAUGCGUACUUCCCCGGGACGGGAAUCGGCGGAGACGCUCAUUUUGACGAGUCUGAACAGUGGACGGUCAGGACGGCACGAGGUACGAACCUGUUCAUCGUGGCAGCUCAUGAGUUCGGCCACAGCCUGGGUCUGGAGCACUCGCAGGUGCUGGGGGCGCUCAUGUACCCGUUCUACCAGGGGUACGUGGAAGAUUUCCAGCUCGACUAUGACGACAUCCUCGGCAUCCAAACAAUCUACGGGUCCAACCCUAACCCAGGUAACGGCAACCCCAAUCCGGACCCUCCGACAACGCCUCCUAGCGGAGGUGAGCCAACUCCACCCACAGGUGGCGGUAACCCCAACCCACCCACCGGCGGCAGACCUGACAUCUGCAACACUGACAUCGACGCUAUCUCACGUAUCAGGGGAGAAACUUGGGUCUUCAAGGGCAAGUACUUCUGGCGCGUGCGUGACCAGGUGUCCGGUCCAUGGCUGACCAGUAGCUUCUGGAGGGGCCUGCCUGAACAUCUGGACCGCAUCGACGGCAUCUACGAACGGCCUGACUACAAGAUACUCAUCUUUAAAGGCCGCCGUUACUGGGUGUUUGACGCUAACAUUCUUGAGAGCGGGCCGCACUACAUCUCCGACCUCGGCCUGCCCAGCCACCUUGACGCCGUCAUGCCUUGGAGGAGCAACGGAAGGACAUACUUUUUCAAGGGAAACCAGUAUUGGCGUUAUAACGAGGCAGAAGGCCGGGUGGAUUCUGGGUACCCGCGAGCCUUGAGCAUCUGGAGGGGGAUACCCACAGAUAGUAUCGACGCUGCAGUUCAACAUGAUGAUGGAUACGCCUACUUCUUUAAGGGACAAGACUUCUACAAGAUGGCAGAGCGAACCAUCACCGUCUUACGGGGUUACCCUAAGAGGGCUGCCCAGGACUACUUCGGCUGUCGGCCCGACUCCUUCUCCAGUGGACCCGGCUUCGCACCUAUGUUCGCUGGUUCCGUCCAACCCGCAGGCCUGUUGUACCACGCCGAAGGACACUGCGAGUGGGAGCAGCACAUUUGUGACCUGCUGAUUCGCAUGGAAGGCGGAGAAACAGAUCCUUUAGCUCCUUAACCUAUACAACAGCGAUUUUAUAACUCUAUCUUAUACGUGUAUGUGUAAAAUAUCAGGAUAUAUAGCCAGUAUUAUUUACAUUUUGUGGAAGUCCGUGUUCAAUAUAAAUAUAUUUAUGGUGUGUGGUUGUAGACUUUUUUGUAAAUAAUAUCAUAGGACAGUU